GGCAUUGCAUUGGGCUAUCUCUGGUGGAAAGCCAGAAAUUGCCAAAGAGCUUUUAGAACAUCAUUGAAGGUCUCAAACCCCUGAUCAUGCGCUUUAUACAAUGUCUAUGGAACAGGUCAAGUUGUACACUGAAGCAAUCCUUCCUGUUGACUUUGCGGUGGAGUCACAGGAUCCUGAUUUACUUGACAUCCUUGUUCAGUACCUGGAGACUCCUGACAGUAGAGUCGGCGAUGCGAAGUUCAACAUGCUUUGGAGCCAGGAAAGAUUUGACUUUCCCGUCUCACGCAAUGUGUGGAGAACUCUUACAAAGGCAGAGAGGUUCAAUGGACGUGAGGACAGAAUUCCCAAACUGAGUGACCCUUGGCGUGACGACUCCGAAAUUUGGCGAUCAGACCCAUUGGAAUGGAGGUCAGUAUUGUUACUCUCCGCAAUCCGUGACCGACAAUUGCUGUCUGUCCAAGUGCUUGCCAAGGGCUGUGCCGAUAUCGACGGCCUUCAUGCGUUGAAUGUGGCAGCAUGCCGUAAUGACCCCCGUUAUGUGCAAUGCUUGAUUCAAAAUGGUGCUGAUCCAAACCACGUUGAUGGCUUUGGGCGCAGUGCGCUGCAUGAGGCUGUUAUGAACGGCUUUAUGGAUACAAUGAGUGCUCUCAUCGAGGGGGGAGCUGAUGUAAACAAGCCGAUGCUUAAAGAUAAAUUGUCAUUUCGCAUGGGUGCUGGACAUAAAAACAAAAUCAUUACCCCGGGUUUCAUAUUUAAACCUGUCGUGGAAGGCGCUUCUGCACUUAUGCAGGCCUGUGGACUUUUCCUCAGUGGGGAAAACCAACCACCAGAGAACAACGACCUUGCCAUGCAGAUAAUUCGAUUCCUGUUGUCCAAAGGCGCAAAUACAAAAAUGAAAGAUGCUGCUGGAAUGACUGCGCUCCAUUACGCGUUGUUGAAACCUCAUUUACCACUUAUAAAACUCCUGCUCGAAUUCGGAUCUCCAGUUGAUGUGGUGGACGAGGAUGGUCUAACUCCUUUCCAUUAUCUGGUGUUAUCCUCCUUGUGUAAUUAAAUUCGUCGCCUACAGCCUCGUGCAGUCCGGAUAAUCGACUCCCCCGACUUCCCCGAUACGGAGUUUUAACCGCUACAUUGGUUUAUCCGUUUCAU